UGAAGUCCAUACAAUUUAAUUUGAGCCAAAACAAAGCAAAAAAUGAUUAAAAUAAAUUUGGAAACCUUGCAUUCCAAUUCACGUUUGAUUUUAAAAAUUCUCCAUGGCUGCUAUUUCUACUCUUACAUGCCUAUCACACCUCUCUAAACAACAAUUCUUUCUCCAUCCGAACCCAUUUGUCACCACUUCCCAUUCUAAAGCACCUUCAACUCUUACUUUAAAUGGCAAUCGCAGUCAAUACAAUCAUAAAUUGUUGGUACCCAUUACGGUUAAUUCAAGAUUUUUGCAAAUGGGUAGUCAAGAAAAUUCCUCUAGUCGAAGAAUCUUAACGAAAUCUACGAGAUCAGAUGGAAUUUCUACCACCUCUUCGACCCUUUCUCAAUCUGUGUUUGGGGUUUUGCAUUUACUAGUUUCGCUUGGGAUAAUUGUGGCAAUGGACAAGCUAUUGAAACAGGCAUUUGUGGAAGCUGCUAUAAAGUUCCCAAGUGCAUUAUUUGGUAUGUUUUGCAUAUUCUCAGUUCUGACGGUUCUGGACACAGUAAUUCCUGCUGCUGCAACCAGUUUGAUGAACUUCUUCGAGCCAGCACUUUUGUUCAUUCAAAGAUGGCUUCCUUUGUUCUAUGUUCCAUCUCUAGUUGUUUUGCCUCUCUCUGUUAGAGAUAUCCCUGCUGCUUCUGGUCUUAAGAUUUGCUUCAUUGUAGCUGGAGGAUGGUUGGCUUCACUUUGUGUUGCUGGUUUUACAGCUAUUGCUGUGAGGAAAAUUGUGAAAACAGAAUUGACAGAUGCUGAGCCAAUGUCGAAACCCUCUCCUUUUUCCCCAGUGGAAAUGUGGAGUUGGAGUGGAAUCUUUCUUAUAUCGUUUGUUGCUGCACUAUUUUACCCAACUUCGCUGGGGACAACUGCUCGAACAUGCCUCCCUUUCCUCCUAGCAUCCACUGUGUUAGGCUAUAUGUUUGGUUCCGGGUUGCCUUCUGCUGUUAAGAAAGUCUUCCAUCCUAUUAUUUGUUGUGCACUUUCUGCUGAUUUAGCAGCAUUUGCAUUUGGAUAUGUUUCCAAAUCAGGGUUAGAUCCUGUUUUAGGAGAUUACCUUACUAAGGCAUCAUCUAAUCCUGGAGCUGGGGAUGUGCUAAUGGGAUUUUUAGGGUCUGUUAUCCUUUCCUUUGCCUUCUCAAUGUUCAAGCAGAGAAAGCUUGUUAAGAGACAUGCAGCUGAGAUUUUUACAUCUGUGAUCGUCGCAACAUUAUUCUCAUUGUAUUCGACUGCAUUUAUUGGACGUGUUGUCGGGCUAGAACCUAGUUUGACUAUAUCAAUUCUGCCCAGGUGUAUAACUGUGGCAUUGGCUCUCAGCAUUGUCUCAUUCUUUGAAGGUGCCAAUACAUCUCUCACGGCGGCUGUAGUUGUAGUAACUGGUCUUGUUGGAGCAAAUUUUGUGCAAGCAACACUUGAUAAAUUACAAUUUCGCGAUCCUAUCGCUAGAGGAAUAGCAACUGCCUCCAGUGCUCAUGGACUGGGAACAGCAGCAUUGUCAGCCAAGGAACCUGAGGCUCUUCCUUUUUGUGCAAUAGCGUAUGCUCUUACGGGUAUAUUUGGCUCUAUUAUUUGCUCGGUUCCAGCGGUUAGACAGAGCUUGCUUGCAAUUAUUGGCUGAUCGUACAUAUUUCUAGUUAUCUACCUGUGAAUACCCAACCCGACCCCUUGUAUUAGUCGCUACUGGAUGGCAUGUAUAAUGCUGUAUAUAAUGCUGAUAUUCAUAUUUCUUCA